AUGUUGGGGAAGAAGAUAAAGCCAUCUCACGCGAUGAUUGCGAAAGAUGGCAGCAUCUGUCGUGUGAGACUGGUGUCAGUCUUCGACACGGCGUGGCAGGCGCUACGGCAUGUCUAUCCAAGGGCCACUCUGAAAGGGUGUGUCUUCCAUUGGAAUCAGCGCGUGUACCGGAAGGUUGUGAACGAGGGCCUCGCCACGGCAUAUGCGGCAAAGGGCGACAAGUUCCUCUUCUUGAGGAAACUUAUGUCCUUGUCGUAUUUGCCGUGUGAGCACAUCGUUCCCACCUUCGAACAGCUGAAGCUGCAGGCUGAAGAGGUCGGAGGUCCUAUACUGAAUGUGGUGAUGUACAUGCAACGGACGUGGAUCCGAGGUUCAGUGUGGACACCAGACAAUUGGAGCGUGUAUCGCCAGACGGAACGAACUAACAACGACGUUGAAGGAUGGCAUCGCAGAAUCAACGGUCGAACAGGGCUUCCUUACUUAGGGUUUUACGUGCUAGUCCCCCUGUUGCGCCGUGAGGCAGAAACAGUGGAUCUGACAAUCCGACUUGUGUCGGAGCACGCCCUCACUCGGGUACACCGGAAAAUCUUCAAAGAAGUGCACGGGCGACUCUUCGAGAUCUGGGAGAAGUACGAUGACAUGACAACUACUCAACUGCUGAGAGCGUGCAGCCAUUUCAUCGGGAUAGUAUGCUGUAAUUAUUUAUGUAAUCAAUCUAUGCUGUAAUUAUUUAUGUAAUGAAUCUAGAUAUUAAAAUGUAUGCAUGCUUUAUUUUCUGAUAUUGUUAAUGUCAAUUUAUUGCAAAUGUUUCUAUAUAUUUAAAUAAUCUCUGCCAACACAAGAUAAUCCCACCAGAUUGGGUAGGAUGCAAUUUUUUUUGUUUAAAAUGUAUGUAUCUAUUCACUUAUGAUGUUGUUUAUGUCAAUUUAAUGCAAAUGUUUGAAUAUAUUUAUGUAAUAAAUCUAGAUAUUGUUAAAAUGUAUGUAUGCAUUCACUUUUGAUAAGGUUAAUGUCAAUUAAUUGAAAAUGUUUUAAUAUAUUUAUGUAAUGUAUUGUUAAUGUAUUAUAUGAAGCAUUUAAAUUGACUCUUAAACAAUCUUGAAAUAAAA